AUGCUAACAGUGUGCAACGACAGUGCCAGGAUAUCGCUGAUAUCAAAGAGUGACAUUCGCUAUGUGGGCACGCUCCAUGAGAUCAACUCGGAAACCUCGACGGUAGCCCUGGAGAAUGUCUCAUCUUUCGGUACGGAAUCGCGAAAGACGGACCCCAAAGAAGUAAUCCCACCUUCGGAUAGCGUCUACGAAUACAUUGUCUUCCGUGGCAGCGAUGUGAAGGAUUUGAGGAUCGAGGAGACUCCUGCGGCGCGAGAGAACAUCCCUCCGCAGGUCCCCAAUGACCCUGCUAUUCUUGGUAGCGGAACUCGUCCUCCACCUCAAGCCCAAUCUUCCCAGCAACGUCAACUACCAGGCCCUCAGCAACCAGGUCCUGCGCCCCCAGGCGUACCUGCUUUUGGCCAUCACCCACAAUACCCGCCUGCAUUCUACCCCCCAGGUCCUCCUGGUGGAUGGGGCCGUGGUGGUCCUCCAGGCCCAGGCGGCUUUCCACCAAUGCCAUAUGGUCCACCACCGCCUGGCUGGUUUCCUGGACCAGGGCAAGGCUUUCCCCCCGGACCGUUUCCCGGCUAUGGUGGCUUCCCGCCAGGACAGCAAGGGUACCCGCCACAACAGCAAGGUCAACCACCAAAACCGGCUCCAAUUGGUCCAGGUGCACAUAAGCAACCCACCCCUCCUGCAGCCCAGACUGCUGAGAAGCAACCUGAACCUAAAAGCUUGGCUCAACCAGCUGCUGAAAUGGCUGCUGGAUCAGUAACAAAGGUUCCAACCCCUCCAGUCGCGUCUAAGCCGUCUCCAUCCGAGAUCCAAGCCGCCGUGUCUCAGCAGCCUUCAACAUCCAAUAUCGCAGUAACUGCCCCAGCGAAGACUGCUCCAACUGGGCCCAAGAUUCCUGGCCGCGUUCAGCCAGUUAUUCCACUUCAAAGUCCCGCUGCUAAUAAAUCGCCUCCUCGCAUGCAACAGGGUAAUGCUGUCCCAGCUGCCAAGCCUGCUGACGAUAAUGCAGCGAGAAUUAUGGCUGCUACGCAAGCUGCCACAGCAGCAGUUGCUGCAGCGAUGGCAAAACUCCCACCGGCUGGACAGACGCAAACGAAUGGAAGUGCGGUUGAUAACUUGACGAGAAAGGUCAACGAAAUGAGAACUACUGACCCAAUUCGCGCCCCAAGACAUCCCGGAGGUGCUGGAUUUAUUCAAACUAGAGGUCGUGGUGGAAGAGGUGGGGGACAAUCAAGAGCUGCGCCUACGAAAGAUGUGCCCACUACUGAUUUUGAUUUCGAGUCAUCGAAUGCCAAAUUCAGCAAGGAGGAUUUGGUUAAGGAGGCCAUUGCUGGAUCACCAAUCGGAGAGAACCCACCAGAUGCGACGUCUCCCACCGAGUCAGCUGUCCAAACAAGUGGGUAUAAUAAGUCGACCUCGUUCUUUGACAACAUCUCAAGCGAAGCCAAGGAGCGAAUGGAGGGUGGUGGGAACAGACCAGGCGGCCGAGAAUGGCGUGGCGAAGAGCAGAAGAAGAAUCUCGAGACUUUUGGCCAGGGCAGCGUUGAUAAUGGAUAUCGUGGUGGAUAUCGUGGACGAGGACGCGGCCGUGGAGGAUACAGAGGACGAGGAGGCUAUAGUGGAAAUGGCCAACCAGGACGUGGACGUGGUGGAUAUCGAGGGCGUGGUGACGCACAAACGACAGUGCAGUAA